AUGCCGUGCUGCGGGGAUCGAGAGAAGAUCGGUGACAUCAAGCCGGAGCAAAUGUGGGAUUACAUUAACCUCAAUGACUUCAAGUCCACCUCCUGCCUAACCCCCUUCUCCUACGUGACGCUGUGGAUCUUUCUGCUCAUCUCCAUCGCGGUCUAUGCCGUCGACACUUUCACCGCCGUCAACCUGCUGGUCUUCUCGCGCUGGGCCGGCCAAAUCAAGCCGAGUAUCCCGUUCUCGAUUUCGCGGUGGAUCUUCGCGGUCUGCAUUAUUCUCUCGUUCGUCCUGCUGUUCUUCCGAUGGCUACACACCAUCCGUGUCAUACGAUCGGGAUCAGUCGCCGAAAGUUACCUGGACCCCUUGGCCGUCCGCAUCCAGAGCAUCCGUCUGGGAAGUGGAAAAGGCUGGAAGCGAUUCUUGGUCUUUGCGGAAUUGACCAAGAGUAAAAAAGGCGCCGACUACGUAGCCUUGUUUUCCUAUUUCUCCUUCGAAUCAUGGCUGCGUGUUGUUUUUGCGGAUGGGCCUCGCCAGGUGGUCAAUGCCAUUACUCUCUACUCGGUCAUGCAGUUGAAUCUCAUACCGGAGGGCAAACAUGCGGCCCCCGAAGGCACUUCGCCGAUCGUGCAGUUCUUCAUUAAUGUGAAAGCUCUUGCCGAGAAGAAUGAUCAGCAGGCAGUCGUUCUGGUUGGCAUGCUGUUCACGCUGAUUAUCUGGGUCAUCUCUAUUCUGAGCUUGGCGAUAUCGGUGGUGCUCUACAUCAUUUUCUUGUGGCAUCAUAUCCCCAGUGAGGAUGGGUCUUUGAAGCGAUACUGUCGACGCAAGAUCAACACGCGACUGGAGCGUAUCGUCAAACGCAAGGUGAACAAGGCUUUGGCGAAAGGCGUUGUUUUGCAGGACCGGAACCCAACGAAGCCUGCUAUUGCCGGAGAAGAUGCCAAGUCGCGACCUUUGGUCCCAACGUUGCCUUCUGUGGAAGAUAUCGACAGGAAGCCGCCGCUGUCACGACAGACGACCCAGAGUACUCUGCCGCCGUACUCAUCGCGUCCCGGGACUACUACUCCUAUGGAGAAGCCAGGCAUGCUGCGCCAGCCGACAUUGCCCAAUCUGGAGGAUGAUGGGCCAAUGUUGACCAAGACCACCACCCAGUCCUCCGCGUAUGCCGACUCGGCGCCUUUGAUGGGGAACGCCGAGACUAUGGGAUACAGUCCUCUGGACCGCCAAGCUUCUCCAGCACCGCCGUACGGAAGGCCUUACAGUCCGGCUUCGCGACCUCCCCCUGCUCAGAACAGAGCGACUCCGGGGCCAAUGCCAAUGGAUGGUCCAGGCCGGCGAACCCCUGGACCUGGUUAUCCAGCACCCGACCAAGGUUAUCACCGACCCCCACCCUCGAUGGGUCGCCGGACUCCAGCAGGUCCACCGGGCGGCGCUCCACCGCCAAGCCGGACGUAUACUCCCGCAGGCAAUCCACCUCGCUCACUGACGCAGAAUGACCCAGCGCCUAGUUACCGAAGCUACACUCCGGUCAACAACAAUAAUGGACCGCCGCAGCUUCGACAGCAGGGGAAUGGCGGGUAUGACACCGAUGUGUCGGGAGGCAAUGGAGCGCCUAGUUAUCGAAGCUACACUCCGGCCAACAAUGAACCGCCUCGACAGCAGGGCAAUGGCGGGUAUGUUGCCUUCAACCCGAGCAUGAGCAAUGGGGAAGCUCGUGUGCAGAGCCCAACGUCGCCUACGUACCGCAAUUUUGCACGACCCUCGACGACCAGUCCUGUCAAUGAGGGUGGCUAUCGCGCUAUGCCGGCUAACUAUGCGAGACCUUCGACUACGACGCCGUCGAUGGAACAGGGGCGGAGGGGACAGCCGAACGGACCGUCACCGCCGCCGGCACACUACGACCCGUACUCAUAUGGCAGAGCCAUGUGA